UUAGUUGUUAAUACGGAGUAUUUGUUACAUACUACGAGUAGUACAUUUUGGAAAUAAAAUAUACGGAGUAAUACGGAAUAUGUAUUUAAAAAACAAUACUUAACUAAUUACGGUCCAAAGGCCUAAAUAUUCUGGAUUUAGACCAGACCAAAUUGGAAAUUUUAAAAACCUUGGAUCGAAGACCGGUAUGUACUAUGUAACCAGUCCAACUCCGGUCUGGACCAACCGGUCUGGUUCGAUCCGGUUUUUCGGUGUGGACCGGAUUAUGCUCACCUCUUCUUUUAGCAAAAUUAGAGGCUCGGAUUAAUUUAGCCCCGGUCCCUUCCUCUUCGUACACAAUUAUUCAUGCAUGGAAAAAAAUAUAUAGAUAGAUUCAUAGAUCUCACGAGAAAAUAUACAUAGAACUAUUCUUUUUUCAUGGCAAAACUAUCACCAAAAACACAUAAAGCUUUUCUUCUCUUUAUGCUCUGUGGUUUAGCAGUAGUGCUCUCCGGUAACCAAGAUGGCACCACCACCAACGCCGCCGUACACGACAGCCGCACCACCAUCAGCAUGGGAAAUGUAUUGAGUGCUCCUGCAGGUUGGGAUUUUGGAGUGUCUGUUCAUGAGGUUCCUAGCGGGUCGAAUCCGGGAAAGAAUGACAAAAACACGGGGGUUUUGAACAAGCCAUGCAAAAAGACGGGAGUUCCUCUUAGGGUACUAAAAGACGGGAUUCGGAAUACAGAAUUCCGAAUGAAUUAGGUUGGUCUCACACUUUGAUUCGGAAGUUCCAAUUCCGAACGACAGAAGAUUUUUUUUUAAAAUGUGACUUCCAAUUCGGAAGUUGGAUAUCCGAAUGAGUAAAAGCCUCCAAAAUACGAAUGUAUUAUUGAGCUCCAAUGCUCCAUGAUCCCAACCAUAAGUUUCCAAAAAAGAAUGAAGCUACGUGUUUGCAAUUCAUCCACAUUUUCUACAUACAGCUAUGACAUACUCCGUAUAAAAAGAAUGAAGCUACGUGUUUGCGUCCCCAACUUCUUCGGCCCAUCAAUCUUGGAGAUCUUCCUUAUGUAGGUGGGUCGGACCCCAUUCAUUUUCAGAGGGUGGAAGACACGCGUUGCCCGUUUUACGAGACCUUUUAGACCGCAUGAGGGAGAGUCAAUUUGUAUGGACCCCCUAUCCCUUGGGCAAUCUUCCUGAAGACAUCAGAAAUCAAUCCAGGCUUUGGUUUGCUGAGGUUAUGCUAAUUUUUUUGCGAUUAUGCAGAGAGGCAUUACCCCGACCGGUUUUGUCGGCAGUUCUUUGCCAUUCAGAGAGAGCCAAAACCCACUUUCCAACGUACAGACCAUCACAUCAUUAGCUCCCGCGCUAGUGCAGCUUCGUUAGCAUUGUGGGCGGAACGAGAUAGGCAUUUAUACGAACCUACAUGGCCCCCUUUUGACGGGCGGAAUGUGGCUGAUGGGUAUCGUACGUGGUACGCACGGACCGGUUGGAAACGUGUCGUGAACCCUUCGCAUGCUACACCCACGACGGGCUACACCCCUGCAAUACGUGAGUUGGGUGUUACGAUAAGUUUCUAAUUACAUACAAUACUCAUUAAUAAGUUUUCCUUUAUAAUAUUUACACUAAUUGAUUUUUAUUGCAGUUGCAGUGCAUUCAUGAUACCUAUCAGCUUGCUGAUAAUUUGGCCGAUCACGAGGAUAUUAAAGAUCGGCUAGCACAGUGUGUUAUAGCAUUAGAUGUAGAAGAUGUGCUCCACCAAGGCAUCUUCCAUUACCCAGAUGCAGACAAUGAGCCCGGUCCCAUACCUCCUCCUAGGCAAGAUCGCCGCGGUUACGUUGCAACGCAUAGAGUGGCAGCUGCUGACAGAGAUGAUGCGGGAGAUGAAGAUGAAUAUGAAGAAGAUGAGGACGAGGGUGAUAGGGAUGAAGAAUAUGAGCCACCGCCAUAUUCUACUCCUAAAGAGUACUAUACGUCGACUGAAGCAUAACGUGUUCCGAAUAACGUGUUUUGAAAAGUCGUGCAUUAGUAUCACUUAUACGGUAGGUAUGUAUCGUAUAAUGUAUUAGUGUGUAUCUUUUAAUUUGAACUAUUAUAAUUAAUCAAUUUAUGUAUUAGUGUGUGUUUGUAUACUAAGGAUGUUUUCUUUUGGACUGAAAUUUGCUGGUCUGGUCUGAACUGGUCUGGUCUAGUCUGGUAAACGUCUGGUCUCUGUGUAUUUUAUAACUAUCCAAGUCUGGUCUGGUCUGGUCUAUUUAAGUUUGGUCUGGUCUAUUUAAGUUUGGUCUGGUCUAGUCUGUUUAAGUCUGGUCUGGUCUGUUCUGGGACUGAAAACAGUCCAAAAGAAAACAUCCUAAUAAGAAAUUUUAAACGGGUCUUCAGUCCUGAACGAGUCCGAUCAUAUGUACCAUAUCCG